UACUGUUAUGUUAAAAUACACUCCUAUAGAACAAGAGUAGGGUUCUGUUAAGCUUAUUGGCAGGUCAAAGUCCACUGGAAGCUUAAUCAGGAUGCCAAGGAAUUAUUAGUUGAUUGAUCUCGUGUUUGCUGUCCUUCCCAGCUUUGGAUUCUAAGCCUUCUAUUGCAUUAGAAGUAAGGAACAGUGUCAAUGGAUCCAUCUGUGGUCAUUGCUCUUGGCUUACUGCUCUGUAUGUCAUGUCUACUUCUCAUUUCAUCAUGGAAAAAGGGCUUUGGAAAAGGAAAGCUUCCACCGGGUCCUGUUCCUCUUCCCAUUAUUGGCAAUAUGCUACAGGUGGGCCUUAAGAAUAUCCCAGAAUCACUUUGCAAGCUAGGAAAACAAUAUGGCCCAGUGUUCACUCUGCAAUUUGGUGGUGAGCGUGUUGUCAUGUUACAUGGGUACAAGGCAGUGAAAGAAGCCCUGAUUGAUCAUGGGGACAAGUUUGCUGACAGAGGACGUAUUCCAAUUAUGGAAGUCACUAGGGAUGGAUUUGGCGUUAUCAUAAGUAAUGGUGAGAGAUGGAAGCAAUUGCGCCGCUUCUCCCUCAUGACCCUGAGGAAUUUCGGGAUGGGGAAGAGGAGCAUUGAAGAGCGAGUCCAAGAAGUGGCAAAGUAUCUUGUGGGGGAGUUAAAAAAAACAAAAGGAUUACCAUGUGACCCUAUGUUCAUCCUUGGGUGUGCUCCUUGCAAUGUAAUCUGCUCUAUCAUUUUCCAGAAAUGUUUUGAAUAUAAAGACCAGAAAUUUCUAUAUUUAAUAAAGCUUUUAGAUGAAAACAUCAAGAUCCUAAGUUCUCCAUGGAUAAAGGUCUACAAUUCUUAUCCAUCUCUAGUGCACUAUCUCCCUGGAUCUCAUCGCAAGGCAAUUAAAAAUAUUCGUUUACUACAUGAAUUUAUUUUGGAAGAAGUGAAGGAACACCAAAGAACACUGGAUCCCAGCAAUCCUCAGGACUUCAUCGACUGUUUCCUGAUGAAAAUGGAGCAGGAAAAGCAACAACCACAGUCUGAAUUUACCAUCGAUAAUUUGGUCCGUACUAUAACUGAUCUAUUUGGUGCAGGAACAGAGACAACAAGCACCACCCUGAGAUAUGGACUCCUGAUUCUCCUGAAAUACCCUGAGAUAGCAGGAAAACUUCAUGAAGAAAUUGAUCGUGUGAUUGGCCGAGAUCGAAGUCCCUGUAUGGAGGACAGAAACAAGAUGCCUUACACCAAUGCUGUGAUACACGAGAUACAGCGUUACAUUGACCUCCUUCCCAACAGCCUGCCCCAUGCAGUGUCAGAAGAUGUUCAAUUUAGACAAUAUCUUAUCCCCAAGGGAACCACCGUCAUACCAGUACUAUCUUCUGUUCUGUAUGAUGAUGAAGAGUUCCUCAAUCCAGACCAGUUUGACCCAGGUCACUUCCUGGAUGAAAGUGGCAACUUUAAGAAGAGUGACUAUUUCAUGCCUUUUUCAGCAGGAAAACGGAUAUGUGCUGGCGAGAGUCUGGCUCGAAUGGAAUUAUUUCUGUUUUUUACUACCAUCUUACAAAAUUUUACCUUGAAAUCUCCCAUUGACUCAAAAGAUAUCGACACCACCCCAAUUGCCAGUGGAUUUAUGAAAGUACCCCCCUCCUAUGAGCUCUGCUUUCUACCUUCCUAAAACAUGUGAAGGGCCACCUCUGGUUCCAGCUGCUCUAGAGUCUCCUCAUGUUCUAUGAAUAAGAUGUAUUCAUUCCAUUGCCUGGUAAUGAAAGCCCUGUAUGAUUUCAGCAUAAUCUAAUACUCCCUUUGACUUUUACCAAAAUCAUCAUUUAAUUUUCCUCAACCUUCCCCAGAAAUUCCCUGUUCCUGGAAUAUUUCUCCUUUUUUCUUCACUUCAAAUCCACUGACUGAAAUCUUACCCACCCUUCAAAUCACAAUUUAGAUUCCAUAUCCCUGUGACCUCUUUAGUUCUUACAGUCUGUAUUAUUCAAUUUAAGCCUGAAUUACAUAGGCAUCUUAUGUUGUAUGUUCUUUCAGACAUGUUUGUUGAUCCUGUCUUGUAUUCCUCACCAGAUCUUAAGAUUCUUUUUAGUAGGGCCUCUAUCCUAUACUUGUGUGUAACUACCCACCACCAAUGGGUUAGAAGCCAUUUUCUGCUCCUUAAAAGUUUAAUGUUAUAUACUUCAACACAUACAUGUAUCCUACUAUGAUGGCAACUUAACUGCUGACAAUGUGUUGACAGUGAGGUGGCACCUUGGACAGGGUGUAAGACCUGGAAUUAUGAAGAACUGAGUUAAAAUCCAGCCUUAGACUUUUACUGACUGUAUGACCCUGGGAAAGUCACUUCACCUCUGUUUGCUUCAGUUCUUUUAUCUAUAAAAUGGGGAUAAUCAUAACAUCUAUCUCCCAAGGUUAUUGUGAGAGGAUCAAAGGAGUUGAUAAUUGUUAAGCAUUUAGUACAGUGUCUGGCACAUUAUAAGUGCUAUAUAAAUGUUACCAGAAAUUAUUAUUAUUACAACAACAGUAACUACUACUUCUAUUAUUUCUACUACUAUUACUACUACCACUAUUACUGCCAUUACUACUGCAUCUUUUACCUUCCUACUCUAAUUAAAAAGUAGAAAUAGAAACCAAUAUACUGUUCACCACCUAAAGGAGAUCCUGGAUGGAAAGCUUACAAGAAUGUGAUAGUCAAAUUUCAAAACUCCCAGGUUAAAGAGAUCAUUUUAUGAGCAAUAAGAAAAAAAAAUUUAGACAUUGUAGAGAUAUGAUCAG